AUGUCUCUCCCACAAGGCUUCGUGGACCUUGCGAGAGCAUAUGAGUCUCUGAACGAUACCUUCGUCAGCAUCAUUGGGGUGGUGGUAGACUUCAUGGCCCCCACAACUACUGCGAGAGGCGAUCAUACCGUGAAGUUCAAGCUCAUGGAUGGUGUCCUGCCACGUGCUCAAUUCAGUGGCGAAGGUCUGGACGUUCGUUUUUUCCCCAAGGACCCCACACAUCUCCCCAAGGUACGAGACAUCGGCGACGUGGUACUGCUUCGCAAUAUCAAGAUGUCCACAUUCAACGGCUCCAAGGUAGCCCUGUCCAACUGGCAAACGCAAACGCUCGUGUUUCCCUCGAAGUCGAUCCCAGCCAAGGGCUUCAGCAUACACUACAUGGGCAAGGACAAGGUACCAUGUCUUGGCAUUGAGCGAGAUGUGGAGUCGCUCCAACUUGCCGAACAGGACUAUGUCAUCAAUCUGAAAGACGAGAUGCACAGAGUGAUUGAAGACAGUUUGCGCAAACGCGCUGCUGGAGAGGAACGGGCCAAGGAGCGACAAAUUGAUUGGCAGAACGUUCCCACUGAACCAGCCGCCAAGAGGCAGAAGACAGCUGCAUCGGCAGGACAGAAGCUUAGGACUAUCAGUCAGCUCGAGGGUCCGAAGGAGUUCGUCGACCUGUAUGGGGUGGUUGUGAAGAUAAUACCAACCGCGACAUACAACGGUUGCGAUCUCUAUAUUAGCGACUAUACCAUCAACAAGCAAUUGCGAGAGUUCGCGCCGCCUGAGGCAGCUGACGAUGUCGGGAGGGACGGUGACAGUUAUGGCUAUAGCGAUCAAGCCAAAAAGCCUUUUCCUGGACCCUACGAGUACAGAGUCUUGAAAGUUAACUUGCAUCAACCCCAUGCGCAGCACGCAAGCCGGACUGUUGGUGAAGGGGAUGUUGUGCUUCUCCAGAACGUGAAGACACGAAUUGUUACACCUGGCAUGACUCUGGAGGGUGACUUAUGGCACGACCACAUGUUCCCCGACAAGAUACAAAUCAGAAAGCUAUCCGAUGGCGAACGCCAGAGGCGUCCGGAAGUGCAGGCCAUCGUGCAACGUAAGGAAGAAUACUGGAAGAAGCGUGAUGCUAAACUCUUGCAGCUGCGACGGACGAAGGAGAACGCAGAGCUGACAACGAAGGCGGAGAGAAAGCAGGCAAAUAAAGAGAGGAUGAAGCAGAAGAAGCGUGGGGGUCAGGAACAUGAAGCUAACCUGGUGAGCCACGCGAAGAAGACGACCCUCAAUCCCCAUGUGAGAUGCAACGAUACGGAGGUAGCCGUGACUAGCAUCGGGGAGAUACUUGACCUGGACAACAUGAGGCACACGAACGACUCACCAGACGGUACUUCCUACGACCUGCCAUUCAUCAACGCGAAAUAUCGAGCAAAGGUGAGAGUCGUUGACUUUGAACCGAAGUCUCUUGAGGAUUUCGCGGUACCCGUGCUUCCAGAUGAUCAGGGGAGUGUUGACAGUAUGGACUAUGUCUACAAUUCGCAGAGGUUGGAGUGGUACUUCUCUCUGCUGCUGGAGGAUGCCAGCAAUCGCUCGCGCCCCAACGACCAGCAGAAGAACAGAAUAUGGGUUCACAUCCAUCACGAGCAGGCGCAGUUCCUCUUUCGUGAUCUGGACGACCCGCAGGACUUGAGACACAACACGCAGCUGUUGGCUCAGCUGCGAGAAAAGAUGUUCCUGCUUUGGGGCAAUCUUGAGGAGAGUGGAGGGGAAAGCCUGAGCAAUUCACCAUUCGAAUGUUGCAUCUGUGAAUAUGGUACCGAGCUAGACAAUGAUGAUCCAGCGAAGGAUGAUGCACCAUUGGGGUGGCAGAGGAUGUUUGGCAUGUUCGGCACUACGAUAUUAUAG